GUCAAGUGAUGGCCUGGUAAUUUAUUUAUAUUUUUUUUAUUAAUUAAAUGUGGGGUUAUUUGCAAGUGAAGUGUGUUUUUGGUGGUGCGGGCGCAAUUUUGUGUGUACCACGACUAAACGGAGGCGCGUGUCAGGGUAUCUCGCACUCUGUAAAGCUCUUGUCUUCGACCACCAGCAGUCAGAGUUGCCAUGCAACGCUCUUCAGCCUCUCUGCUUGCACUUCAGACGUGCAGUUGUUCUUCGUCCCUCUAUUAAAUUGCGGCUGUGGCCCUUACAUAGCGGCAUAGAACUGACUGUCCCAAUGUUUGGGCCCUAACGGCAAAGUCAGCCCACCUUGUCGGUGGGGGGAGCUCUGCCAACAAGUCAAAUGAAUAGAGCUUGGGCGUCUCCAGCUCUGACUAUCUGAAUCCGCAGGAAAAUUCCAAUUCUCGAGCAACCGAAUGCGAG